AUGACAGGAUUCGUCUCCUUUACCGUCGAUAAUUUGACGCAAGCUAAGGCCGUCAAAGCUUUGUCUGGGAUUCGCUUCAAAAGGAUGAAGCUAUUAAUCAAGACCACCGCGGAUGACACAAUUUUGAAUAGUUCAGGAGGGGCAUCGCGAACAGGAACUACUGUUUCUAGCAGCAAUACAAUCGAAACCAUCCGUACUUUCCUUCGAUCUCGUUAUAACGGAGGAUUUUUGAACCUUGAAAAUAUGUCCAAGGAUGAAAUUCUACGCACCGCUAGGAUAAUUCCGCCAGGACGAAGCAAGAGCCGCUCUGAUGUUGGGGCAGUCAUGAUGAAGGCUGCUGCAGAGAUGUUUCCAGAUGUCACCACUAUCUCGCUCGCUUCUAACGGAUUGACAUCACUAGAGCCUGUUGCAGCCAUCAGCAAAUUCUUCCCAAAUCUUCAAAACUUGUCUUUGAAGGAUAAUAGUAUUUCAAACUACAAGGAACUGGAAUACUUGAGCACAAAAAAGUUACCUAACCUCAGAGAGCUCAUAUUGAUGGGUAAUCCUAUACGUGAGCGGGAUAUUGAGAAAAACAAGGAUGACAUUGCCUACAGAAGUGAAGUUACAAAGAUUUUCACUUCCAUUUCUAUUCUGGAUCAAUUACCUGUAGCGCCCAAAAUUUCAUUCGGAUUAGGUAAUCUUGUUAAAGAUGUGGGCGUUACUUCGGCACCACCACUUCCUGCUCCCAUCAAGGGCAAUUUCUUUGAUAAUCCGGAAACACAAUCCAUGGUUCUAGAAUUCCUUACAAGAUAUUUGGAUAUGUUUGAUACGAACAGAAGCAUGCUAGAGCAUGCAUACGACAGCAAUGCCACAUUCUCAUAUUCAGUAAUGAUACAACCCUCUCCACUCCAAAAGAGUAAAGGGAAACCGACUGAAAACUGGUCUGCUUACAUUCCACAAUCACGCAAUUUGUUGCGUAUCAGGGACCUCGGCCAAAGAACUACAAGAUUGUACUUCGGAAGCCAAGACAUCAUCCAACAAGGGUUGAUGAAACUCCCUGACACAAAGCAUGACCUUGCUGAUGCAUCCAAAUUCUGUAUUGAUGCUUGGCAGACAGGCGGGCUUCUGCCUGCAGUGUGUAUUUACAUCAUGAUUCAUGGCGAGCUCCAAGAGGUCCGCCGCAAUCGCGAAGUUAUUUUAAAGUCAUUCGACCGAUCCUUUAUUAUUGCUCCUGCUCCACCGAACUCAAGUGCUGCAAUGCAUGGAUGGAAAUGUGUAAUUGUCUCUGAUCAACUCGUCUUCCGAGGAUACAAUGGAUCACUUGCCUGGAAACCAGAUGAAGAGAUCAAUGUGACGCCUGGAAUGGCCGCUGCCGUUGCUGGAGCAUCCGCGUUCAAUAACCCAUCGCUGGCACCAGUACCUGGAGCACCUGUGGCUCCUCAAGUUCCCAUGAAGGGCACCACCCCGGAGCAACAUGCCAAGGCGCAGGAGCUCCAGAAGCUUACUGGACUGAAUUAUCCUUAUGCACUGCAAUGUCUCAUGGCCAGCGGUUGGGAUGUUGCCAAGGGCGUUGCUCUGACCAACGAGAACCGAGCCAACAUCCCACCAGAUGCUUGGCAGCAACCAUCUUUUCGUUAA